AUGAGUGGCCUGGGCCGGAGCAGGCGAGGUGGCUGGAGCCCGGCAGACCUGGAGGAGCAGUGGAAAUUGCUUCCCGUGCUCAUUUCUGGCUCAGUCACUUUGUACCAGGAAUCCUUUCUCCAAGGUGUCGAAAGCAAGAGCCAGGACUUUCCCCCUUCCCCACCAGGGCACCUCUCCCUGCAUCCUCCCUGGGUGGAGAUGCAGGCAGGGAAGGAGCUGCUCAGGAAACUCAAUAUGAUUCCUGCCCAGCUGUCCAUCAACACAGUGCAGGAAUGCGGCUUGCUUUUCCUUCCACAAGUCUUUACUGAGGACAACUAUGUACAAGGAAUCCAGUCACUGAAAAGCAUGUAUCCAGCACAUGCUGUGUGCCUGCUGUCAUGGAAGGCACUGGAUGCAGAGACGAAUAAGACAGGAGGAGAAAGCCUGUUUUUGCCUUUGUUCUUUGACAAUGGUCUAAUGGCUCUCACAGACAGAAAGGAUGUCUGUGGGAUUGUGAGCAGGAGAGGCUGUCUGGGUUUUCAUCAGGAGCAAGAGGCCAGGCUGUGGCCGCCUACCAGCUGUGCUCACACUACUGGACUCUCAGCUCCACAGGACCCGUGGACAGGGCCAGCUAUGAGAUCCUGCCCUUAAGAGCGGUACUGGGAUCCCCUGCUGAGCACCUGCAUUUCCUGCAAAGCCAUUUGCAACUGUCAGAGCCAGCUCACCUGUGCAGCCUUCUGCAGGUUACUCAGCUGCCACAAGGAGCAAGGCAGGUUCUAUGACCAACUCCUGAGGCACUGUGUCAGCUGUGCCUCCAUCUGUGGACAGCACCCUAAGCAAUAUGCAUACUUCUGUGAGAACAAGCUCAGGAGCCCAGUGAACCUCCAACCAGAGCUCAGGAGAUAGCGUAAUGGAGAAGUUGAAAACAAUUCAGACCAAGAAUCAGAGCACAGAGGCUCAGAAGCAAAUCCAGCUCUCCCAGGGCAGAAGCUGAGUGCGGAUCAGCUGGCCCUGGUCUACAGCACGCUGGGGCUCUGCCUGUGCACCGUUGUAUGCUGCUUCCUGGUGGCGGUGGUCUGUUUCCUCAAGAAGAAGGGGGAUCCCUGCUCCUGCCAGGCCCGCACAAGGCCCUGUCAUAAUCCGGCCAAGUCUUCCCAGGAUCACGCAAUGGAAGCCAGAAGCCCCAUGGGCACAUCCCCCAAGCCAGUGGAGACUUGUAGCUUCUGCUUCCCCGAGUGCAGGGUGCCCACCCAGGAGAGCAUGGUCAUGCCUGAGACCCCUGACCCCACUUGCACUGGAGGGUGGGGAUGCCAUGCCAGGACCACAGUUCUGCAGCCCUGCCCACGUAUCCCAGACAGCUACCUUGGCAUCGUGUGUGUGCCUGCCCAGGAGGGGGGCCCGGGUGCAUAA